AUGGAGCCAUUAUUUGCCCUCAUGCAUGUAGUAAUGACCAUUGUUUCUUUCACCAGAGCAAAUGAAACUGCCUGCGUUCUGCAAGGACAGCCUGUCUACCCUCAGCUAUGGAAAGAUGGGGACAUCAUACUUGGAGGGGUUUUCUCCUUCCACAGUAGCUGGGAGGUCAGACAAAUAACAUAUUUAACUACACCACCUCCACUGAAGUGCAUCAGUCUUAAUUACAGAGAUUUCCAGUAUGCACAGUCAAUGCUCUACGCUAUAGAGGAAAUUAACAACAGCUCUACUUUGCUGCCGGGGGUCAAGUUGGGCUACAGGGUCUAUGACACAUGCGGCUCUAUGGCAAUGGCUGUUCGAGUGACUAUGGCUCUUGUUAAUGGGCAUGAGAACACAACCUCUAAUGGGUCUUGCACAAAGCAAGGCUAUGUGCAAGCUGUACUUGGAGACACAACAUCCUCAAAAAGCAUGGCAAUGGCAAAAAGUAUUGGACCAUUUAGGCUUCCAAUGAUCAGUCAUUAUGCCACCUGUGAGUGUCUCAGUGACAAAAUCAAAUAUCCUUCAUUUCUGAGAACAAUAACAAGUGAUUAUUAUCAAAGCAGAGCAUUGGCAGAACUGGUCAGACACUUUGGCUGGACCUGGGUGGGCGCCAUUAGAACAGAUGAUGAUUAUGGCAAUACUGGAAUGGCCACUUUCACUAAAGUAGCUGAGAAGAUGGGCAUUUGUCUGGAAUAUUCCCUCCCGUUUUUAAGAACGUACCCGGAAGAUAAAGUACUGCGAAUAAUUGAGCAGAUUAAAAGGUCUACUUCUCGAGUGAUUGUGGGAUUUCUUGUAUACGGGGACUUGGAGGUCCUGUUACAUAAAUUUGUUGAACACAAUAUCACAGGAUUUCAGUGGGUGGGCACAGAGGGCUGGAUCUCAGAUUCAGUCAUUGCCAGUAUGGAUAAACACCAUAUUUUGCACGGGGCUGUUGGGCUGACUAUACCUAAAAAUGAAGUAACAGGUCUAAAAGAUUUCAUAUUAGAUAUAAAACCACUGAAGUCAUCGGGAAGUGCCAUUUUCACUGAGCUCUGGGAAGAUUUGUUUCAGUGUAAAUAUUCCAAUAAGAAUGAUUCAACAUUCACGACUGAAUGUACAGGCGAGGAGGAACAGUCUGACAUGCCAAACACAUUUACAGACAUGUCACUCAUGCCCAUCUUCAGUAAUGUGUAUAAAGGAGUUUACUCUGUAGCUCAUGCAAUUCAUGACCUUCUGGGCUGCACAGACAAAUGUCCAACAAAGAAAAAGACUGAUCCCUCAACAUUUCUGAGGAACCUGAGAAAAGUCAGUUUCAAAACCAAAGAUGGCGAGGAGGUUUACUUUGAUGAAAAUGGAGAGGCAGUGGCAAAAUAUGAGAUAAUAAAUUGGCAACUAGGUCAAAUAAAACAUGAUGUAUUUGUUUCCGUUGGACUUUAUGAUGCAUCUCUUCCUGUGAAAGAUCGCUUGUCAGUGAACAUUGGUUCAAUUAUAUGGGCAAAUAAUAAGACAAAGGUGCCUGUGUCUGUGUGCAGUGAGAGUUGUCCUCCAGGCACUAGAAAGGCUGUACAGAAAGGAAGACCUGUCUGCUGUUAUGACUGCAUACCAUGUACGGAAGGUGAAAUUACUAACAUGACAGAUUCUGUGACAUGUCUGCGGUGCAAUGAAGACUUCUGGUCAAAUCUGAAAAAUGAUGGAUGUGUUAAGAAAGAGACUGAAUAUUUAUCAUAUGAGGAGAUCAUGGGAAUUUUGCUCACAACAAUUUCUAUUGUUGGUGCAUUUAUAACAGUGUUAGUUGCAGUCAUAUUCUUUAGAUAUAAAAACACUCCAAUAGUAAAAGCCAACAACUCAGAACUGAGCUUCCUGCUCCUGUUUUCACUAAUGUUGUGUUUUCUCUGUUCACUUACUUUCAUUGGUCGCCCCACUGAGUGGUCCUGUAUGUUACGUCACACAGCGUUUGGGAUCACUUUUGUACUCUGUAUCUCUUGUGUUCUGGGUAAAACAUUAGUUGUGUUAAUGGCAUUCAAGGCCACACUUCCAGGAAGUAAUGUCAUGAAAUGGUUUGGGCCUGUACAACAGAGACUCAGUGUUCUUGGAUUCACACUAAUACAAGUGCUUAUUUGUAUACUUUGGCUGACAACCUCUCCUCCGUUUCCUUUUAAAAAUAUAAAUUACUUCAAAGAAAGGAUAAUUUUAGAGUGUAAUGUGGGCUCAGCUCUUGGCUUCUGGGCUGUUUUGGGUUAUGUAGGAUUUCUUGCUCUUUGGUGCUUCAUUCUGGCUUUUCUAGCUCGGAAGCUGCCUGAUAAAUUCAAUGAAGCUAAAUUCAUCACAUUCAGUAUGCUCAUAUUCUGUGCUGUGUGGAUCGCUUUUAUUCCAGCUUAUGUCAGUUCUCCUGGAAAGUUUACAGUAGCUGUGGAGAUAUUUGCUAUUUUAGCCUCUAGUUUUGGCUUGCUGUUCUGCAUCUUUCUCCCAAAAUGUUAUUUGAUUUUAUUCAAACCAGAAAAGAAUUCUAAGAGGCACAUGAUGGGCAAGUAA